CAAGCCUUUGUAAAUGUUUCUGUUCUGAAGGUGCUGGAUCUCUCUUUCAAUAGCCUAAAGUAUCUCAAUGUAGAUUCCUUCUUUGGAUUGUCUGAGCUUGAAAGUCUCAAUCUUGAAUCAAAUUGUUUAAGCUACGACAAUAACACCUUUACACCAACACUCUUUAAUCCUCUGAGCAGCUUGUUGAAGCUCAGGAUUAAUCAUAACAGCAAAGGAUCCCCUUACCCUGACGCCUGUCUGUCCAGUUUAACUUCACUUCAGUCAUUACACAUGGAUGGUUCGCAUUAUGAUUUUGGACAAGGAUUUCGUAAACUUAAGAAUCUUAGUAACCUAACACUUUCUGGUAGCAAUGGAUUUUGUAACAUGCAAAUGCUACGAAAUUCUACCUUCUCAAGUGUCCCCUUCCUGACAUAUGUUAACUUAUCUAGCUGUGGAAUAGUUGACGCUGAACAUCUGACUUUCAGUCCAAUGAAAGGCCUUCACACUCUUGAUGUUUCACGGAACCCAAAUCUGGGAUUUAGAAACUUUUCUAAAGCUUAUUUUGGUCUUGGAGGUUCAACAAUAAAGGUGUUGAAACUCAAUUACUUAUAUCAACCGUUGGAUUGUCACCAAGUGCAGAGAGUUGACUUUCAGUACCUUAAUACCACGAACCUGGAAGAACUUUACAUAGAUGAUAAUGGCAUCACAAAGUGUGAAUUAGGAUCAAUUUCAUCCUUGCCCAAAACGUUAAAAUUUCUCUCGGCAAGGGCAAACCGAUUUAUACAUGGUCUGUACCUUCUCGAAUUAGCUGGAUUACAAUCUUUAGAGACAAUAGACCUCUCAUUAUUGAACCUUUGGCCUCCUAGAUCUUCAGAUGAUAACCCCUUUCCUCUGCCUUUACCAAUGCCGCCUAAAUUACACACUAUCGUAGCAGAGCAUUGCUAUAAUACAGGGCUUUGGAUGAAUGUAGCUCUAACAAAGAACAAUUUAAAACGGGUCAUUAUGAGGCACAAUUUGAUGGCGUUGUUUACGAUUCAUAUUGAAGGAAUAGAGAGUGUUGAGUACGUAGACUUCUCGUACAACAUAUUAAGCUACAUUGGCUCUGACGUUGUCCCUGUCAACAAUUCUAUAACGCAUCUCAAUCUGUCAAACAAUCUUCUCAGUCAGAGACUUCAAAGUGAUAGCGAUGGAAACAUAUUUUAUCGUUUCCAUCAUGUUAAACAGUUUGACAUAUCAGAUAAUGUAAUUACUUUCCUACCAAGGAAUAUUUUUAGGGGGUUAAAGAGUGUUAAAAUCUUAAAUAUCCGCAGUAAUUUUCUCCGACGUUUUGAAGCUCAACUAAAAACCAUGCCAUUCCUUCAUUAUCUUGAUCUUUCAAAAAACAAGCUGCAGCGAUUGUCGAAGGAUACCAUAAGAGAACUUGAUAUGCUUCCAAAUGUGACCGUAAAUCUUCGUGGAAACCCGAUUCAGUGUUCCUGCCAAGCACUGGACUUUCUUAGGUGGAUGAACGCCAAUCAGAACAAGUUUAGCGAACUGUCAGAAAUGGCCUGCGAGUAUGACAAUGGUUCAAGCAUCUCCAUGACAAAACUUCAUCAGAUUGUGGAGGAACUUACAUCUGAAUGCAGUCCUGCUAAUGCUGCUUUGGGAAUUGUCACGGCAUCCUCGUGUGUAUGUAUUGUCUUGAUCAUUUGCGUUGCCCUGGGUUAUCGUCAUCGCUGGAGUAUUAGGUACAUGUACUACAUUGGUAGAAGAAGGUUCUGGAGACAACAUCCAGUGGAGGAAGUGCUCCAGUAUCAAUAUGAUGUCUUUGUCUCCUAUGCUGAAUCUGACAGACACGUUGUCAUUCAGGAAAUGAUUCCUGAACUUGAAACCAAGGCAGGACUACGAAUGUGUAUCCACCACCGUGACUUUCUACCAGGGGAGGCCAUUGCUUCCAACAUAGUCAACGCCAUUGACAAUAGUAGGAAGACCUUGAUUGUUCUUUCUCCAGCCUUCCUGAAAAGUGACUGGUGUGUCUUUGAGUAUCACAUUGCCUUGCAGUCAAGAGUGAACCGUAGACAGGACAAUCUGUUGAUUCUGAUGUAUGAACAUGUUCCCGUGAAAGAUGUGCCUAGAGAAAUGGCUGUGCUUCUCUCCAACAACUCCUAUCUGGAAUACAAUACAGAUGUGUAUGGAAGAGAUGCGUUUUGGCAGAACCUUGUGGAAUCAGUCAAAACUGCUCAACCACUGGAAUGAGUCCAUUUCAUAACGGCUUGGGUGUAGGCUUUUGUGUUACGAAAACACAUAACAGCAUACUGUUGGAAUUUAGUGUUUGUCUUUCGAGAAGAAUUUUUUAGUAUGAAAAUAUUAUCUUGCAGAAUGGGAAUUCCAUUGUAACGUAUUAAGGCCACAUGUUACUUUAGGUCCUCCAGUCUUUUAGUAUGACAAUGUAUCUGGCUAGUAUAUUUAACCAGCAUACUAAUGAUCAGAUUAUGUAUAGUUGUGUCAGAUGCGGGGUAGAAUACGUCUUCAGCAACCCGUGCUUGCCGUAAAAAGGCAACUAUGCUUGUCGUAAGAGGCGACGAACGGGAUCGGGUGGUCAGGCUUCCUGACUUGGUUGAAG